GAACAGAAUCCUGAUAGUAUUUCGUCACUUCCGGCUGUGAGCUGCAUGAUGGCGGUGCCCAUGUAGGCUCCGGCUCGUUGACUUAUAUUCCCUUCUCCGGUCGCUGUGGGGUUUUUACUUUCAGCUUCAACCCUGAACCCAGGAGGUGUAUGUCUCCCUGACGUUACCCGAAAUCCUCCUCGGUGAAGAUUUGCGGAAGUGAACGUGUGCACGUCCUCAAGCUGCUCUACGCUGCUGAUGUUAGCUGUUAGCUAAGCGUGCGUUACCCAAGAUCAUGGCGCUGCACAGACUGUCCUUCAGACUCCGGCAAACGGUGACUCAUGUAAGGAGCCUUCACACCUCAGGAUGUGGGCAGCAGCUGGAGUCUGUGGCUGUUGAGUCAGAUCCUGAACCUUUCUCAGUUUUCAGGACCCAGGAAAAUAAUCCAGAAUUUCAGUGUGAGAAACAUUUGGGACAGUAUUACACUCUGCCCUCUGCACACAUCAGCACCGCGUUCCCUCAUGGACUCCCCUGGCGCUAUCAACAACAGGUGAAGACGUUCAAUGAAGCCUGCAUGAUGGUGAGGCAGCCCGCUCUAGAGGUCAUCUCGUACCUGAAGAAAGCUGACUACAGCAAACCUGCGCUCAGAUAUUUAUUCUACGGGUUGAGGGGCAGCGGGAAGACAAUGUCUCUCUGCCACACAGUCCACUUCUGCCACACACAGGGGUGGCUUGUGCUGCACGUUCCGGACGCCUUCCUGUGGGUGAAAAACUGUAAAGAGCUGCUGCCCUCGUCCUUUAACACCUCUCGCUUCGACCAACCGUUACAAGCUGCGGAAUGGCUGCGCCAUUUCAAAAUAACCAAUGAGCAGUUCCUUUCAAAGAUAAAGACAAAGCAGCGUUAUGUGUGGACAAAGAGGGAGUCCACCGAGGAGGGGAGCUUACUGGGACAGUUGGUAGAUAUGGGAAUAUCUCGUGUGAAGAGCAGCAGCGAUGUUGUCGGGGCAGUGAUGAAGGAACUGAGGCUACAAAGCGGCCAGCCGGAGUCCAACUUUCGUCUGGCCGUGGCUGUGGAUGGUGUCAACGCCCUGUGGGGAAAAUCUACCAUCAAGAAGGAGGAUAGGAGCGCUGUGGAGCCAGAGGAGCUGACUUUGGUUUACAACCUGAGGAAGCUGAUGAACAAUGACUGGACUGGAGGCGCCAUCAUCUCCACUGUGUGUCAGACAGGCUCCCUCUUCAUUUCAAAAUCUGCCUACUUGCCUCAAGAGCUGCUGGGAGAGACGGGUUUCGACAAAAUGGACCCGUUCAUCCCGGUGUCGGUGCCCAACUACAGCGAGAAGGAGUUUGAGAGCUGUUAUCUUUACUACAUGGAUCGCAACUGGCUGCAGCAUCCACAGAGUCUGACAGAGGAAGGGAAGAAAGAACUCGUCUUUAUGACCAACCGAAAUCCAACCAUGAUGGAAAGAAUUUGUUCCUCCCUGUAAAGUCACAGAGAAACACAAAGUCAAAAAGAGAUAUCAGUGUCCUGGGAAUAUACAAACUUACCAAUGUCCAUUUCUGUCAUUUGUAAAUUAUGAUGCAUGUAAGUUACUUUGAUAAUAAAAAGUUGAACCAA